GGUUAUUAGGAAACUUCCAGUCCUUACACCAACCACAUCCCUCCGUUCCAUCACCUGCCACUUCUUGCCUUGCACAAAUAACUUGAUUUCACGAGUGGCGCACAAUUAUAUACUUUCCGGACGGCUAAUCCCAUUCAAUUCUCUGCGACAAGACGGCUAUUGAAAGGCCGCUGCUCACUUUCUGUAGCACAGUGUAUAGUCGAUGGCUGUUUUCAAUUGUUAGUCCUACAGCAUGACACAGAUCAAGAAGAUGACGUCGAGUAUAACCCCACCCGUUACGGACAUUUCAACAUCAACAUCAACAUCAACAUCAGCAGUACCGACUUCGAGACCACAGCCUUCAUCACCCACCGGGAGCUACUAUGCCAUGAGCGACGACGAGGAAGGCGAUUAUAACACCAUCACUCACACCUCCAUGGGGAGAGGGGUGAAACUCCUAUACACCAAGAGCAAGGUCUACAUCCACCCGACGCCAUCCGCAAAGGAUAACAUCCCCGGCUAUAUCGCGCUUCUCCAACAAAGAAACCAACACCGCGAUGACCGCCCCGUCUCCUCGUCCUCGCGGGAUCCGAGCAACACCCCGGCAUCCUCGGAUCUCCUCCUCGCCUGGGUCCCCGAGUCUCAACUUGGCGAAGCAGCCAACCUCUACGUGAAAGUCGACCUCUGCGACGGCGACUCGCCACCGAAGCAAUCCUACCUCGUCCCUCCUCCGCCAACCGUCACUACGCACCGCGGCUCCGUCGGGCCCUAUGCCUUCGCCAUCCCCGUCAGCGCCAUCUACAGCCUGCUGAUCCGCCCACCGAGCGUGGGAUGGUGGUGGGGCAGCAUCAUUAUCAACAGCCGAGGCGGCGACAGUUUCCCGGCCCUUUUUUUCCAUGACAGCGAGUGCCAGAGUACCAUUUUGCAGAAGAAGAAGCGGACGGCCGACACAUUCGAUCCCUUCGGCGAAGCGGGUCAGAUGUUCUGGGGCGGCGAUGAAGUGCUCCGGUGGCUGAGGCGGUACGUGCAGAUUGAGCGGAGCGGGGCCGAGCCGAAUAUGUACCUAGUCGAGCCGUCAAAGGAGGAUAGUGUUGCAUUUGGGGGGAAGCCUACAACAAAUACGGCGACACAGGCGGGAUCUUCGCGUGGAGGGCCAGGUGGCGCCAAUGCUAAGGACCAGGACGCCGGCAUGGACCCGUUCGUCAAGCUGAUCAAGGAAGCGGGCUGGAAUCUGAUGGAGAAGUUCAGCAAGGUGACCACGUUUACCCGCCAAGCGGCCAACGAUGUUUUGGACAACCCGCGCGUGCCGCCGCAAAUGAGAAGGCUGCUGAGGAACCCGGAGGUGCAGACGUUGCAGGACGAGUUCGACAGCGCGAGGAUUUACCUGGCAAGGUGGGCGAUGGGUAUAGCGGAGCAGAGCGAUAGGGACAGGAAUAGGCGGAUAUGGACGGCGCGGGAUGUCAUGGAGCUGGAGGAUACGGAUGUGGGCGAGUUUGAGCUGGUGGACGGGGCGAAUAGCUUGAGUCUGGAGGAGAGGAGGAGGGUGUUGACGCUGAAGGAGUGGAAUAGCUUCUUUGAUGAGGAGUCGGGGAGGCUGAGUGUUACCGUUGACGAAGUGAAGGAGAGGAUCUUCCAUGGUGGGCUUGAUCCUGAGGAUGGAGUCAGGAAGGAGGCGUGGCUGUUCUUGCUUGGGGUGUAUGAUUGGUACAGCACGGCAGACGAGCGCAAGGCACAAGCGGCAUCGUUAAGAGACGCUUACAUCAAGCUCAAGGGCGCCUGGUGGGAGCGGCAGGUUGAUUUGGGUGGUGAGGGCGAAGAGGGUGAGUGGUGGAGAGAGCAGCGAAACAGGAUCGAGAAGGAUGUUCAUCGAACAGACCGAAACGUCCCAAUCUUCGCCGGCGAAGACAUCCCCCACCCCGACCCCGACUCCCCCUUUGCCUCCACAGGAACCAACGUCCACAUGGAGCAGCUGAAGGACAUGCUUUUGACCUACAAUGAGUACAACAAAGGUCUGGGCUACGUCCAAGGCAUGUCCGACCUGCUCGCCCCCAUCUACGCCGUCCUGCAAGACGAUGCCCUCGCCUUCUGGGCGUUCCAGCACUUCAUGGACCGGAUGGAGCGCAACUUCCUUCGCGACCAGUCCGGUAUGCGGGCACAGCUCCUGGCGCUGGACAACCUGGUCCGUUUCAUGGAUCCAAAACUGUACGCCCAUCUCGAGUCGGCCGACAGCACGAACUUCUUUUUCUUCUUCCGCAUGCUGCUGGUGUGGUACAAGCGUGAGUUCGAGUGGGCAGACGUUUUACGCCUGUGGGAGGCGUUGUGGACGGAUUACCUGAGCAGUGGGUUCCACUUGUUCAUUGCGCUGGCAAUUCUGGAGAGACAUCGUGAUGUGAUCAUGACGCAUUUAAAACACUUUGAUGAGGUGUUGAAGUAUGUGAACGAACUGUCCACCACAAUAGACCUAGAAUCCACCCUCAUCCGCGCCGAAGCCCUCUUCCAGCGCUUCCGCCGCCUAGUCGAAGCCAUCGACAGGAAGGACCACUUUCCCGGUCCUAGGAGGCCGUUAUCAACAGCCUCGUCCUCAUCGGUAUCAGCCGCUCUGGCAGAUGCGGAGGGUUCAAAAUCAUCCAGUCCUCCGUUGCCGCCUCGGCCUCAAUCAGGGCCUAGGACAGCGUCUUCCCCCUCAGCAGCUACGACCAAGGAUAACAAGGGCAAGACUACGGCUACGGCUACGGCGGAAGAAGACAAAGCGAUAGUAGAAAAGAUCGUCACGCCGGCGCUGAGGAAGCUGUUGAGUCGGGAGGUGGAGAUCAUACGUGCUCCGGCGAGGGAGGGGGCUGGAUAUCCGACUAGGGAGCGUGCUUAAAUUUAGGUUCGGGAAAGAUGUUGAGGAGGUAUAGACAUAUACCUGGAACGAUGAGAUGACAGUGAUAGCAUUAUUAGUGUGUUUUUGGGAAGUUGGUUGGGAUAAGUAUUGUGAUUGAACAUGGCUAGGAAGGAUAGGGUAGGGCAUCAUUAAUGGGUUAUAGCCAUUUUGACAAUGGAAUACACGGACUUGCUGUGGCCUGAACUGUAUACUGGCUUGUGCUUUAAGCUUUAUGGUAACGCGUAAUGUCUGUAUUACUGCAAUAAUGAUAAAACAAAAGUAUGCAAAAAGAAGUGAAGAUCUAG